UCAACUGUCAUUGGAUUAAUCAAGGAAAUGAUUGCAAAAUUUGAGGAAGAGCUCCCUUUGUAUUCACUGUCAUCUUCUGAUGCAGCCAGGCAAUCAGAACUUCUCUCCUACAUUGCAAAGAUUACUGAAGGAGAGACUGACAUGAAAUCAAAAACUGGUGGAGGCAAAAACGAAGGAUGUUGUAACAAAAUUACUGUGGUUGGAGCUGGAGAUCUUGGUAUUGCAUGUGUGCUAGCAGUUGCAGCUAAGGGUGCCGCAGACAAGGUGGUUCUUUUGGACCUGUCUGAAGGUGCAGCAAAAGGAGGGAUCAUGGACUUGGAGAUCUUUGCUUUGCCAAACGUGGAGAUCAGCAAAGAUUUUUCUGCUUCAGCUGAUUCAAAAGUUGUGGUGCUUACAGUUAAUUCUCUGGGUAACGCUCAGACUUACCUUGAUGUCAUACAAAGCAAUGUGGAUUUGUUCAGAGGAAUUGUCCCAGCAAUAUCACACUACAGUCAGAACACUGUUCUCCUUGUUGCUUCUCAUCCAGUUGAAGUAAUGACAUACGUGUCAUGGAAGCUGAGUGCAUUUCCCAAAGGCAGAGUUAUUGGAGUAGGUGCCAACCUAGAUACUGAGAGAUUUCAGUAUAUACUGACAAACCUUUUGAAAGCAGAGGUGCUGGCAAAAGAUGCUUGGAUUAUUGGUGAACAAGGGGAAGACAAAGUACCAUCAUGGACCAGUUGUAAUUUAGUUGCAAAUCAAACAGAAGCAAUGGCUGCUCGUAACUCAAGGGAAAAGGUGGCUAACAGAGCUAUGGAAGUUCUAAAGGGAAAAGGUCAGAGAUCUUGGUCUGUUGGGCUCUCGGUCGCUGAUUUGACUGACAGUAUACUGAAAGAUAAAAGAAAGGUUCAUUCUGUAUCCACUCUGGCAAAGGGAUGUUGCAAUAUAAACAGUGAAGUAUUCUUAAGUCUACCAUGUAUUCUUGGAAACAAUGGAGUGAUUGAAAUGGUCAAACUAGAAGAAGAUCCACUAGUGCAAGAGAAACUGCAAAGCAGUGCAGGAUCAAUUCAUGACCUUCAGCAGCAACUGAAACUGUAAGCAAGCACAAGGGAAGCCAGAGCAGCAGCUCACAGAAGUUGGAGACUUGCUGGCUAGGCAGAAGGGGUUGCUUGGUAUAUACGGAUUUCUAUAUAAAACAAGAAGGUUUUUUUACUUUCAAAAAGUGCUUUCUC